GGAGCAUAAACGCUCCGCACUUGAAAUUAAUUUCGCCGGCGAUGGGCGGUGGGGAAUGUAACAAUUUUCCAAAGCGAUACCGCCGUAUCUAUCCUACAUCACCGGGAGAGUCUUUCAUCAGUCAGCAUUUGAAGAAACAGUCAUUGGUCACUGAUGUCAAAGAAGCAGUACAUUCUUCUGUGAUAACUGCGCGUAACGUAGAACGCUUCCUUAAUGUGAAGACUCUCCGCGACCUGUUUCUUAACGGACUGAACCAGUCACGAUUCCUUGCUUGCCUUGGUACAAGAACCACCGUCUCGGAAUCUUAUCAAUGGAUGUUAUAUCAAGAGGUCGAAGAUAUGAUCAUCGCAGCAGGUUCCGCUUUCUUUCACUGUCUUCCCCAUCCAACAUGGAACAAGUUUGUCGGCAUAUAUUCACGUAAUUCUCCUGUGUGGGUGAUUGCACAACAUGCCUGUGCAGCCUAUUCACUGGUCUAUGUGCCACUGUACGAUACACUGGGCUCCGAGGCUGUACAGCACAUACUAACACAAGCCGAACUUGAAGUCCUCAUCUGUCAUUCAGCAAAAGAGGCGGAUAACGUAUUGAAAAAUUUCCACUCUUCACUCAAAGUCAUCGUCAUAUACCUCAAGAGUAAGGAGGCAAAUGAACUGAAAACUACAUUCCGUGAUCGCUGUGAUAUAUACUUUUGGGAUGAAUUUGUGAAUUUGGGACAGAAAAAAAUCGUUGAACAGCAGCCUCCAUCCCCAACUGAUCUGCUGACAAUCUGUUACACCAGUGGAAGUACAGGUACUCCAAAAGGUACAAUGAUCGAGCACGGACAAUUUGUCGAUGCAAUGCUAGCAAUGCUAUCAAAUGUUGAUGGAAAGUUUGUAUACCCACAGCUUGUGCAUUUAUCAUACCUACCCCUGGCUCACAUACUGGAACAGCUGUUCAUGGGCUCUGUACUGAUAGCGGGCGCACGAGCCGCGUUCCUGACCGGUGGACCAGAAACCCUCUUGGCUGAUCUUGGCGCGGUUAAGCCAACUGUAUUUACCGCAGUCCCCCGAGUUCUCGACCGCAUCCAGAAAGAAUACUACAAAAAAGUUCCAAAAAUGUUUCUUUCGACGCUGCGGAAAUGCAUUACGAAGAAAAAUGCUGAACAAGCACGAGGAAAAUUUGACCAUUCAAGUUUGGCCGAUCAGAUUUUGUUCAAAAAACUUCGAAAGUCUCUAGGCGGACGUAUUACGUUUAUCGUUUCCGGUGGUGCUCCAUUACCCGUUGUGACGCGUCGCUUUUUCCAAGCUGCUUUGGGCUGUCCAGUUGUCGAAGGCUAUGGUGCCACCGAAACCUGCGGGGUUGCUUGUAUGACGUUGAUAGGUGAUGUGGAGGGUGGGAUAACUGGUGCGGUCACCUGUGGCGUGGAACUGAAAUUGGUCAGUGUUCCGGAACUGGGUAUCAGCCUAGAGGCUGAUCAAGUUGGUGAGGUCUGCUUACGAGGGUCGCGGUGUACAAAAGGAUAUUACAAGGACCCGGAGAAUACAGCAAAACUGAUUGACCCUGACGGUUGGCUUCAUACAGGUGACGUUGGCCGAUGGACUCCGAAUGGAGCUCUUCAGUUGGUUGACCGAUCCAAGAACAUGUUCAAAUUGGCCCAGGGCGAGUAUAUAGCGGCGGAAAAACUGGAAAGCGUUUACAGUUUUUGUCCUUUCGUGAAUAACAUCAUGGUAGACGGUGAUUCGUUCCACUCUUACGCAUUGGCUAUCGUAUGUCCUGAUGUGAAAGCAUUGCGCAAGGAACUAAUCAAAGGCUUCAAAUCAUCCGAUGAACCAAGCCGCUACCAGGAGGAAGAAAUGUCCGAUUCGGAUUUGUGUUAUGACAAAGAAGCGCGAAAGUUCAUCCUGAUCAAAAUGAACAAAGUGGGGAAGGAACGUGGUUUGAAAGGUUUUGAACUAGUAAAGUCGAUCCAUCUCACACUGCAACCGUUCACUGUUGAAAACGGCUUACUGACACCCACGCUCAAACUUGCCCGUUAUCGAGCACGAUUGAUGUACAAGGACAUGAUCCAACGAUUGUACGAAGAAGGCGAAUUGGUGCAUUAGUAGCCCGCCUAGCCCUCCUUUUGUAGACAAACCAGCAACUAUGGUUUCGUUUCUGGUUAUGUUUUUUUUCUCGGGGAUCCCACCCAUUUACCCAUUCCCGCCGGGUAAAUGUGUUGUUUUGAAGUUGAAAAUUUUCCUCUGUGUUGUUACUUUUUUCACUCUUUCUUCCCCUCUAUCUAUCCCACGCGAACUAUUUGAAACUGGUGAUCUACUGCUGGAGUUCCCAUUGCACAACUUUCGCGCCAUCGUUUGAACCCUGUGUUUCCACCCUUUCAUCUCGUCACUGCCCUUUCGAAUCCCUGUCUCCCCUUUAUACACCCGUUUUUUCGACUUUCAAACAGCAUUGAUCUUCAUUUACCGUUGGUUUUUAAAGCCAAUAAAGAUUACGGUUUAGAGA